ACUUGCGGUUACCCGACCCUGUCCCCAUUCCAACUGGGUCUGUCCCCCCCCCUCCCGGUCUCGACGCCUCUCGCUCUUUCGGAGCAGGUUGGUUUUGCUCCAGCGCUGCUGCUGCUGGUGUGCACCUCCUUGCUCUGCCUUGGCUUCCCUCCCCAAAUCUCGCGCCUUCCACCCGCCGUACCUGAGGUGGAGCUGGUGGCCAGAUGUAGCGAUAGUUUCAGACAGGGGCAGCGUUACAACCAGCUGCCUGCAUUGCAGCAAUCGAUCGGGUGGUUGUUGCUCGGAGAGUGAGGCAAUGUAGGUACGUAUGAGCAACAACAGUUUCCAGUACAUGGCGUCGCACCCGGAGACGCGGGGGAGUCCAUGCUGUGAUCGUGUCGAUGUGUGGAGCGGUGCUUCUUCGUGGUAGUGUGAAUGAUUUGAUCAGGGUACAGGUGUGAGACGAAUGCACUGCUGUUUGGGACAGGAAGGGUAGGGUUGGGGGUUUUCAGGUGCAAACUGGAUCAUCGUGUAGUCAGUCGAUCCGUAGGACGGGGAUAUAGUCUGGGCUGGCUUUCGUGAGGUCUUGCACGGUGGGAUAUCGGAGGAAGGGGAAGGACCGAGGGGUAAGGACCCAAACAGGUAUUGGGAAACAGACAGAAUGCGUGAGGUGUGAUUGGAGGAGAAUGGGGCUGAGAGUCUGGGCGGUAUGGGCCUCGAGACCGAUCGCGUUGCAUUGCAUCUUAAUCGCUGCAGUGCUAUACUGCGCAUCGGUGGACGCAGUAGCCGAAGGACCCACGACGCUGUCAGUGAGUGAGAAUGUGGCAAUGCUGACGUUGCGAGAGCAGCUGCGGGUAGAGGACAGUGCAUGGCAGCCGCAGGAGGAUCCGUGCUGGUACUGGCGAGGCGUUCAGUGCGUGAAUGGUCAUGUUGAUUCUAUAUUGUUAACAGGAUUGCCGCGUUAUUCGCCAAAGUCGAAGCCCCCGGUUCUACAAGAUGUGUGGGCGUUGCAGCAGCUCCAAAUGCUUCGUGUUUUCAAUGCUUCCCAGGUCACAUUCGAAGGCGGGAUUCCAGAGUGGUUCAGCAACCUGACGAGCUUGGAGUCGCUAGAUCUUUCCGAGUGCUCACUCUCAGGUCCCCUUCCCCUCAACUUUGGUAUCCUGGUCCGCCUCGGAAGUCUUACUCUCGCACAGAACAGCCUAAGUGGGCCCUUGCCGCAGUCGUUUGGUAACCUCAUUAACCUAAGUUUCUUGAAUCUUUCCUCGAACGCCUUCUCGGGUCCGAUUCCUUUUCUGAGCUCCGCUUAUUUGUCAACUAUCGACCUUUCAAGUAAUCAGCUCACCGGUGGCAUUUCGCCUCUGUUGUUCAAUCUUCCUAGUUUACAGUUUCUUAACUUGGCCGGAAACAUGCUCAAUAUGGGUGUUCCUGUGGAGCUCGGAAACUUGGCAGCUCUUAGUUAUCUGGACCUGUCAAGAAACGAUAUACAGGGUCCACUUCCGCCAGAGCUCGGUCGGCUGAGCAACUUGACAGUGAUAAGGCUCUCUUACAACAAAUUUUCGGGCUCAUUGCCCGCGGAAAUCACAGGGAUCAAAGAGUUGAGCGUUAUGGAGCUGGAUCACAACGUCUUCACCGGCGACAUCCCUUCCACCAUGAAUCUGUUGCAAAACCUAGUCGUAUUAGACAUCUCCUCCAAUCUUUUUAAAGGUCUGUACUCUCGUGGGCUGUUCACAAUGCCAAUGUUGAAUACGCUCAAUAUUUCCGACAAUAUGUUCUAUGGCCCCCUGCCUCAAGAGGUGGCGUCUCAACACUCUCUCGCGGUUUUGGAUAUUUCCGGGAAUUAUUUUAAUGGCACGGUUCCAACGGGUUUCCUCCCGUCAGCAGUCACGAGGACGAACUGUUUAGCGCAAGUGGAGAAGCAGCGUCGGCUUUUCGCCUGCACCAAGUUCUACGCUCCCAUGGGAGUACAUUUCAGCUUUAAUGCCACCCCUCCGAUUGACGACUCUUACGCCACUCCUCCUCCGCCUUCGCUUGUUGCAUCACCCUUGGAGACUCCCGGGCUGCCACACGAUCACUCAGGCAACCGGCUGACUCCCCUGCUAGCUGGAGUUUUUGGAGGAAUGGGGCUGAUAGUGUUUGUGGGUUUGAUGGUGUUUUGCCUCCAUCGCUGCCAAAUGCGGCGUUGCAGGGACGGUGCCAUGGGUAGUUUGCGAGGGUCAUCUGCUGGCGGUAGGGGCCAGACAUUCACUUACUCGCAGCUUUCGAGCGCCACCAACAGAUUUUCUUUGUCUAACCUGAUUUGUGUCGGUCAUUCCGGCGAGCUCUACAAGGGAGAAAUAAGUGGCACUGCCAUUGUCGUGAAGAAAGUAGAUCUUCGGAAAGUGAAGCAAAGUCUCUACUUGUCGGAGCUAGAGAUCUUCGAUAAAGUGUCACAUUGCAGGCUGGCUUCGCUGCUAGGAACAUGUCUCGACCGCGAGGAGGAGAAAUUUUUAGUGUACAAGUAUUACCCUAAUAACGACCUGGCAACGUCGCUGCAUAGAAGAAGCAACCAUGGUCAUUGUGAGGAUAUGCUACUAUCUUUGGACUGGAUUACACGUCUAAAAAUUGCAAUCGGCGUUGCGGAUGGGUUAUCGUAUCUGCAUUCUGAGUGCUGUCCACCUAUAAUUCACAGAGAUGUAAGAGCAAGCAGCAUUUUGUUGGAUGACAAGUACGAAGUCAGGAUUGGAAGUCUGAGUGACUCCAGAACUCAGGACUCGGAAUCUCACUCCAGUAUUCUAUCCCGUAUGUUCGGAUUCUCAAGUUCAUCGUACGACCCUGCUGAUCCAAGUCAUGGAAUCGCGUCCAGUGCAUACGAUGUUUAUUGCUUCGGCAAGGUGUUACUUGAACUCGUGUCCGGGAAAAUCGGCAUUAGUGGUUCUACAAACAACCAAUGGCUGGAGUGGGCGCUUCCCUUAAUCAAUGUUAACGACAAGGAAGGGUUGCCCAAACUGGUUGACCCAUCUCUCAUAGUUGAUGAAGAUCUCAUGGAGGAGGUUUGGGCCAUGGCCAUCAUUGCUAAGGCGUGUCUGAACUCUAAACCCUCAAAGCGACCCAGUAUGAAGCACGUGUUGAAGGCGCUCGAGAAUCCCCACAAGGUGGUCCGCGAGGAGAACUUCGGCGAGUCAUUGGCAGUUCGAUCUUCUUCCCACAACUCAUGGAACGACGUCCUCUUCGGCAGCUUUCGACAGCACACCUCUGUAUCAGGCUACUUCCGAAGUAGCAACCCUGGUCCCCGCAGCAGGACUCCCAUCAUCGAUACCACUGACAAUUACCCAGUACCUGUUGCCAGACAGAGUGUGUUAGGGCCCUCGAGCUCUCAAAAUUCCCGAGAAAUGUACGCAAUGCAACAUAUGAGGUGUGGAUCAAGCGACAUCGUCCCCGAGCCUAUCAUGGAGGUUGCAUUCGAGUCCGAACAAGGAAGGUAGCUAGUCGCCCUUAUGAUAUGCGCACAGUGACCUAUUCAUUGAGACCGACGAAGGUGCCGAUCUUCUCCAACAAAUUAACACAAGGAUCGUCGUCUGCGACGAUCUGUGCAACGGAAGAAUCUGAUACAUUCACUGAGAGAAAACUAGUGGAAGAAAGGAAUCUGUACAUUAGAUUGAUUGUUUCAAUGUGCCUAGCGUCCGUUUACAUAAAGUAGGAGUGGCUGGAUCAGACGGAUAGCUAGUGAGUGAUUAUUUGCAUUGGAGUGACGGUGGCGAUUAGGGCAUUGAAUUAUUGCAUCAUGACUCUUCAAGAGAGGAAGUUGGUGAUUGGACGAUUGCCCUCACGACAAUGAUUCUUCAAAUUUGUUUCGACAUGGAUUUUCAUAAAACAGCCCGGACAAUUUCAUUUAA